AUGGAUUCAACUAUCCAAGAAAGAGGACAUGCCAGUUGUACUUCCGUUGGCAGAUACAAUGUCUUUUCCAGGAUUCUAAAGAAUCCAGAGCGUUUAUUCCUUCUCAAGCUAGAUCUACUGCUACUCGUCUGGGCAUUUGUCGCCGGAUUGACCAAGGACAUGGAUCAAUCGGCAACAACUCAAGCCUUUGUAUCUGGGAUGAAGGAGUCUCUGGGCCUGUAUGGAAACGAACUGGUCGAAUUCACCACCUAUUUUUCGGUGGGAUAUGCAUUGGCGAUCGUCCCGUCGCAGAUGAUCCAGACGAUGGUGCGGCCAUCCGUCGUGUUGCCUGUAUGCGAAAUAAUCUGGGGGAGCCUGACUCUUGCGACAUUCGCUGCGAAGAAUGCGCAAACUGUAUACGCGAUGAGAUUCUUUCUUGGCAUUUUCGAAUCGACUUCAUGGCCCGGAUUGGUCAGUCUCAUGUUCAACUGGUAUACACCACCCGAGUUGGGAACGAGACUUGCGAUAUUCGGUGUCAGCGGUGUUGCUGGCAGCAUGUUUUUGGGUAUUUUGCAAGCUGCCCUAUAUAAGAAUCUAAACGGUGUAUCAGGGCUCCAGGGAUGGCAAUGGCUUUUUAUUGUCAGCGGCUGUAUAACCAUUUUCUGGGGAUGUGUCGGUCUAUUUAUCAUUCCAGAUGCGCCGUCAAUCACGCGAGCGCUGUGGUUGACUCAUGCAGAGCGAGAUCUCGCAGUAAAGCGGAUGGAAAGGUAUCAGACUGAGACAUCCAAGUUGAUUGACUAUAACCGACUGCUUGGGAAGGCCAAGCAAAUAGCUCUUAGUCCAUUAGCCUGGAUGUACUUUGCUGCCUAUCUACAAUAUGCGUGGAGUCAAAGGGCCAACUCCUAUUUUCUCCUAUAUUUGAAAGGACUGACUGGCUCAGACGGCCAACCAGUUUACAGCACCUACACGGUCAACCUGAUCCCACUCGGUGGAUACGCCAUCUCUAUCGUCAGCACGGUGUUGCUGAACGCUCUCAGCGACUGGAAACAAUGGCGUAUGCAGAUCUCGAUUGCGCCAGCGAUCUUGCAAAUCAUCGCCUGUGCCGUCCUUUCAGCAUGGCCCAAUUCCAUACCGACCAUCAUGACAUUUUACUUUCUAACCUUUGCCACGGCAGCAUGGGGCUAUGCUCUCCUCGCCUGGAUUGGUGAAAUUCUACGAAAAGAGCCAGAGGCGCGCUCACUUCUCGUUGGCGCAUCUGUCACUUUAGUCUACAUCGGACACGCAACAAUCCCUCUGCGCGCAUGGCAAACAUCCGAUAGUCCUCGUUACCCAAUUGGGUUUCCCCUAGCGAUGGCAUUCGCCGCAGGGAGUAUUGUAUCAAUCCUUGGGAUUUACUUCUAUGUGAAAAGAAAUACGUAUAUUCUCGAGUAUGGGCUUCAGAGGCCUGUCCAGUCUGAGUCUGAUGAGCAUAAGCAUCGGCGGGAGAGCACUGGGAAGGCUACGCCUAGUACUUUCUCAGAUGUAUGA